CGUAAACUAUCGGCAUGGCUCUAGGCGGCGUCAUAUCGGCAAAGAAAACCAACUCGAAACGCAAUUAAAUAGAAGAAAACCCAAGGAUGUCGUACCUUCUCACCGAAAUAGCCCUCGAAAUGCUGGGCUAUAAGUUCUACGACACCAAUGGAACGUUUCAUCUGACCAAUUUCCAAACGAAUACGGCCUUGGCAGAGACCAAUCCCAAUGAGCCUUCACUGGAGGAGUUAAUCUAUUCGGAUGAGCCCCACCGGGUCAAUGGAAGCUCUGCUGCUGGCAAAAAUAAGGAGCCAGUCGCGUCUACAAGCAAGGGUCUCUCCACUGAGAGUGCUUCCCUGCCGCUCAAUACGCGCCGCACGCCGGCCCGCGCCCUGGCCAAGAUCAUGGACUACGAAAGCGACAAAAUAUGCAACCAAAUCCGUUCGCGACUGGCCAGGUCGAUAAUCAAGGGAAAUGCUUCAAACAGCGAGACGCUGCUGGAAGAGUGCUUCAAGGCGGAGACGAAACUGAUACAGGAGGACUCGAUUGAAAUGCAAAAUUUCCGCGCCUUUUUGGAGGAUCGUCUUCAACGCGUCGACAAGCGUCCGUACGAGAAAUACACCAAGACGUUUGGUGCAGAGUAAAUCGCAUUUCGUGCAAACACGAAAGGAGUAGUAUAAGCUUGUUCUGUUCUAAGAAUAUUCCUAAAAAGUGCAUUAAAAUGUCAUAAAAAUAGCUAUGCUAUGUAAAAUUAA